ACUUCUCUAACAGUUUUCACUAUAACAUACCAACCUAUAGCUUCUCUCUCCAAAAUCUAAAGUCUAAACUGACACCUGAAAGUCCCGUCUCUCUCUCUCUAGGAUGAAGCAGACCCAACCGGAACCCACCACCACCAUCGCUGCUGCUUCCCCCUCCGUCCGCCCUCACUCUCGUAGAUGAUGAAACUACCCAUUUCUCCUUACAUCGUCUUUCCCGUGGUUAGUGUUACAUUUGUUGCUUUCUUUUUCUCUUUACCAUUGACCAUACAUGCCUUGGGCUCCGGUUCCACUGUCGCCGUCACCUCCGCUUCCGUGUGUGGCAUCGUGGCGGCGAAGUCCUCCCAAAGUAUUAUAUGCUAUGGAACAAGUGGCCAGGUUAUAAACGUUGAACCCGCCGUAUCUUUCUCUGUCAUUUCCGGCGGGCAGGACUUCUUCUGUGGUCUGCGGUCCGGUGGAUACGCUUUCCUGUGUUGGAACACAUUGAAUUCAAGUAAUACUUCGAGUUUCAAUAACCCAAAAAGAGUUUACUUUAACAGGACUGUUCUAUUACAGAAUCUCGCGGUUGGUGGGAAUCAUAUAUGCGCGAUUGUAAACGACACAGCGAAUGCUUCUCGCACCGGUACUGUUUCAUGCUGGAGAGGAGAUGGAAGAAUCAGCAACCAAACUCCGGCGGAUGUUGAUCACUUUCAGUCAAUUUCAUCUGGGAAUGGAUUUUCUUGUGGGAUUUUGAUGAAUAGUAGCAGGAUUCGAUGUUGGGGAGACAGCACAAUAGCGAGGAAAAUAGAAUCCGAAUUUGGGAAUAUGUCAAUGGCUAGCAUUGCAGCGGGUGGUUCCCAUGUUUGUGGAGUGAAUUCAACUGGGUUCUUAGUAUGCAAAGGGGAUAAUAGCUUUCGUCAGUUAGAUGUUCGUUUGAAUUCCCCAUUGGAGUACUCACAAUUGGCUCUUGGGGAUAAUUAUAGUUGUGCACUUAGAAGAAAUGGAUCGGUGGUUUGUUGGGGAGGAGGAGGAUUAUUUUCUGUCAAUGAAACUGUGGGGAUUUCCUUUGAGUCGAUUGUUUCAGGGUCUAAUUUCAUCUGUGGAUUGACGACAGGGAAUUUUUCGAUAAUGUGUUGGGGACCUGGAUGGCCUAAUGUGAAUAACUCUGGUGUUCAGAUUCUUCCAUUCAUAGACCAAAUUCUUCCAGGGCCUUGUGUGCAAUCUUGUGAAGGUAGAUUGUAUCCGGAUUCUGAUAAAUUGUGUUUUGGUUCAGGGAAGGUUUGCUACCCUCCAGAAUUAAAUGUUUCAUUUGCCAUCCCACCAUCACCACCGUUCCUGCCUUCACCUCCACCGCCUGUGAUGUUGCCUCCUCCAUCAUCUCCAUCCAAAAAAUUGAAAAAUGGGUUGUUGGCCUUUGCCAUUGUUGGUUCAGUAGGAGCUUUUGCAGGUAUUUGCACUGUUAUUUACUGUUUGUGGACUGGAGUUUGUUUUGGUAAAAAGAAAGUGCACAAUUCAGUUCAACCCACAAUAACUAGAGCUGGUUCAAAUGGAGGCACUACAUCAAACCAUAGUGGUCUUAUUUCGAGAUCAUCAACGAUUAGGCGCCAGACCUCAAGGGCAAUGAGGCGCCAGAGGAGUGGAACCUCGUCGAAACACGCAGAUAGGGCUGAAGAAUUUAGUCUAGCUGAGCUUGCUGUUGCUACAAAUGAUUUCUCACUAGAGAACAAGAUUGGUGCAGGGAGCUUUGGGGUUGUUUAUAGAGGCAAAUUAGUUGAUGGUCGUGAAGUGGCGAUCAAGAGAGGGGAAACAGGUCAAAAGACAAAAAAGUUCCAGGAGAAAGAGAGUGCAUUUGAAUCUGAAUUGUCAUUCUUGUCAAGGCUUCACCACAAGCAUCUGGUUAGGCUUGUUGGGUAUUGUGAAGAUGGGGAUGAAAGGCUUUUAGUCUAUGACUACAUGAAGAAUGGAGCUUUAUAUGACCAUUUACAUGACAAAAACAACAUUCAAAAGAAUAGCAGUGUGAUCAAUUCCUGGAAAAUGAGGAUCAAGAUUGCAUUAGAUGCAGCUAGAGGGAUUGAAUAUCUUCACAAUUAUGCAGUCCCACCAAUAAUUCACAGAGAUAUCAAGUCAUCUAACAUAUUGCUCGACACGAAUUGGACAGCCAGAGUUUCAGAUUUUGGAUUGUCAUUGAUGGGUCCUGAAUCUGAAAGAGAUUACAGGCCAAUGAAAGCAGCAGGAACAGUUGGCUACAUUGAUCCAGAGUACUAUGGUCUAAAUGUAUUAACAGCAAAGAGUGAUGUGUAUGGCCUUGGUGUUGUAUUAUUAGAACUUCUAACAGGCAAGAGAGCUAUAUUCAAGGAUGAUGAAAAUGGAGCACCAACAAGUAUAGUGGACUUUGCAGUGCCUAGAAUUAUGUCUAGUGAAUUAGUUAAGGUUCUGGACCCGAGAGUUGGUCCCCCAGAGCUUAAUGAAGCAGAGGCAGUGGAGCUGGUUGCAUAUACUGCACUUCAUUGUGUGAACUUGGAAGGGAAAGAUAGGCCAACUAUGACUGACAUUGUUGCUAAUUUGGAAAGAGCUUUGUCUCUGUGUGAUGGUAGCCAUGGAAGCAUCUCCAGUGGUACAAUCUCAAUUGUUUCAGAAUGAAAAAUUCAGCCCAGAAAAGGCUUUAAAAAAUCUAUAUUUUUUUUCCUUCUGAUUUUUUUAGAUAAUUUAUUUGAUAUAAUUUUGGAAUUGGUGUAAAGAUUAGGACCUCCCUUUCUUGUCUCUCUUUCUCUGAAUUUUAGAGGAAUUAGUUGUUUCAUCUAACAUUUUGUUGUAAUGUAGGAUUUUUAUGAACACUGACAGCAAUGAGAAUGAUUAAAUGAUUUUGGGAAUGUUCUUUA